CUACGUAUAUGUAUUAUUGCUAUAUAUACACUUCUUCGUCUACAAAUGUGAGAUUUCUCAUCAGAGACAAAAUAACUCAGAAAUAGAAUUGUUUCACAUAAUUAAAAAAAUGUCUCCAGCAUUAGAUUUUCCCAUCAAGGUUGGCCACAUUGAUGAUGUCCAGGAACUGAGGAUGACUAAUCCAAGUUAUAUUCCUGAAAGAUUUAUUAGGGACGCCACAGAAAGGCCUGAACUGUCCAUAACUGAUGAUCAUUCAUCUUCUUCAUGUGACCUCAAAAUCCCAGCCAUCGAUCUAUCAAAACUGAUCAAUGAAGAAAAGAGUUCUCCAGAGUUCCAAUCUGAAAUGAUGAAGCUCACUGUUGCUUGUCAAGAAUGGGGAUUUUUCCAGGUACUACUUUUUGUUUUUUUAACUUUUAGACAUAUGGGUUAGUGAACUUUCUUGAUAAAUAUGAAGAAAAUAUGUAUGCCCUUCAUAAAGUUUCUUAAAUUCGUUUUUUUAACUUGGGGGUUCGGGGUAGGGGCUGGGGAAGUCUCGGUUAAACAAGGCUGAAACUCUACAUGGAGUUUCGAACCCGAGACCCCAGAAUGUACAGUGAAUCGGUGACGAGUUGAACCGAACCACUUCCUCAAAUUUCUUAGAUUCUUAUCACUUGUAUCAGUAAAGAAGUGGAGUCAGAGUAGUGUAUUUGAUUUAUAUAGAAGUACAAAAAUGUACAAAUCAUAAGAAUCUAUGACGGAUUAAGCUUUGGCGCACGUGGUACAUGAACUUUAUAAUUACUCGCACGAUGUCGCCUCCGAUAAGAUUUCUAACUCCGCCGCUGAAUGUUGGCAUUUGAUGAUCAUGCGAAAAAUAUAUCCAAACACGUGCUUGUGAUUCAGGCCGGGUGUUGGAAUGAUACUAGAUCGAUUAAAAAUAAUAAAAUAUCAUGAAGCGAGUUGAAUAAUCUUAGAGCUCUUUUUUAUGACUAUAUAAAGUAGUACAUUUUCUUUAUUAUGAUUUUUUUGUAUUUGAUUUGUUGGAGGUUAUACAUCAUGGGAUUGAAUUGAGUUUACUGGAGAGCCUGGAGAAGGUGGCUAUGGAGUUUUUCAUGUUACCUUUGGAGGAAAAAAAGAAAUAUCCAAUGGCACCUGGAACAGUGCAGGGAUAUGGCCAGGCAUUUGUGUUCUCAGAAGACCAAAAACUGGAUUGGUGUAACAUGUUUGCACUUGGAAUCAUGCCUCAUUCCAUCAGAAACCCUAAUCUCUGGCCCACAAAUCCAGUUGCUUUCAGUGAGACAUUGGAGGCAUACUCAAGAGAAGUUAGAAAGUUAUGCAAAGAAUUGUUGAAAUGCAUAGCCAUAAGUUUGGGGCUGAGUGAGAGGGUGUUUGAAGAGAUGUUUGGGGUGGCUGUACAAGCAGUGAGGAUGAACUACUACCCAGCAUGCCCAAGGCCAGACCUUGUUAUGGGACUUAGCCCCCACUCUGAUGGAAGUGCCCUAACAGUUUUGCAACAAGGACAGUUUAGCAACUCAAUUGGACUUCAAAUUCUUAAAGACAAUGCUUGGGUCCCUGUUCAACCUCUUCCAAAUGCGCUUGUUAUUAACCUUGGUGACACUAUAGAGGUACUAACAAAUGGAAGAUACAAAAGUGUGGAGCAUAGAGCAGUGACACACCAAGAAAAAGACAGGCUCUCAAUAGUGACAUUUUAUGCUCCAAGCUAUGAAAUAGAAUUGGGACCAUUGCCAGAGCUUGUGGAUGAAAGCAACAACAACCCCUCCAGAUACAGAAGAUACAACCACGGAGAAUACAGCAAACACUAUGUCACCAACAAGCUUCAAGGCAAGAAAACCCUAGAAUUUGCCAAGAUCACUUAAUUAAUUACAUUAAUUAAUUAAUUAAUUAUAUUGAUCGAUCUUACAAGAAGCUCCAUCACAAAUGCAUACUAUCGUAUAUGCAUGAUGCAUGCAUACACCGUUAACUACGUUGCAAUUAAGUUUUUGGUUGUAAUAUACGUAGUACUACGUAUAUACUAUCAAGACUCGAAUAAAUUUGUUUUCAAAUUUCAAACUUAAAUUGAUCUUUUGUUAACAACUAAAAUUUACGUAGUACUUAUAUAUAUUAAUAAAAGUUAUCUUAUACGAG